CCUGUUCUCCAUCCCAGCCCGCCAUCGACACCGGCCCGCAUCACAUCCACCAACCGAAGCGGCCCCAAGGCGUAUUGCCGCGCCCACUGCACUCGCCCAUCAAUCUACAAUGUUCCCAAAUCCUUCGCCGAGGAAACCAAGUCGCCGCGUCAGCUUCGCGCCGACAGUCCACAUCAAGCCGUUCAGACGGGAAACCCCAAUCAAGAACCCCGCGAGCUUCAACGACUUUGAUGGAUCAAGCCUUGAGAUCCCGAAUCUGUCCUCGAUCCCUCCGAGCUCAGAAACAUACAUGAACGAUCUCAGCUAUUCGCUACAUCGCGAUGACUACACCGAAGACGAGUCGAGCUUCGACAUGAACACAAAGGGCUCGCCCGUCAGCUCCCCCUCCGACCGCCACACCCCACAGGCACAAAGAUCUGAUCUUGGAGCUUCUGACGAGAGUCUGGACGACGAGGAAGAUCGGGAGCUGAGACAGUCGUCAUAUGCCGAGAAUCAGCCCGACGGCUCUGCAAUCCUCCCUCUGGGAAUCGCAACUGAGCCACCGGUCCAAGCAGAGAGCUCAUAUGACGUCUCGAUGGAAAUUGAGGACGAAUCCAGCUUCAGUCGUGCCCCGGUCCGUACCCUCGCUCGCGACUCGCCGCUGCCGAAGCGCCAGGCACUGCAGCAGAUUGCCUCGCCCCGCAUCUCCAACAAGCACAGACUCGAAAACGAGGACAAUUCGUUCCCAUCCCCUGCCCUCAAAAAGCCACGGACGGCUUCGAAGGGCACCCCGCACCGCUUGACCGCGUCCAUUGUCUCGCGGCACUCGACACCGGAGAGCACCAAAAGCGAUAGCGAUGACACGGUGCAGAUAUUCACAUCAAGGAUCAGCUCGACCCCCAAAAGCCAAGCCCGUCCAGAGCCUCCCCGCUCAAACAGUGGUGUCACGGCACAAUCGUCUCCGUCCGUCAAGCGCCUCCAAGACCUUGUACCCAUUCAAUUUGAUGCCCAAAGCCCCUUGGUUCUGCCUGUCAAGAUCUCCAAGGGUGCAUUUGACUGGCGUAAGGACACGCCUCUCAAAAUCGGCGCCAACUCCCCCAUGGGCACGCCGAAUCCCAAGGGGGGCUCGUCUCGCAUGCUUUCCAGCCCCAGUCCGUUUGUGUCUCGGAAGCCUCGAGCCUCGCUGUCGCUUCUUGGCGGCGCCGACUCGCCCGUGCCUCGCAAGAAGCUUGGUCCGAGGGACAGCAUUGCACCGCUCUUCGGACUUCAAGCUGCCAAUGGAGCCAAGGGCUCCCACCAAUCUCGCCAGAGCAUCGACCCCAUGUUCAGGAUCCAAGGCCGUGAGUCUCUGGAGCCCAGCGUCGUUCAGAACAGCCGCAAGCUGAGAGCGCGCGACAGCAUCGCGCCACUGUUCGCCUCGGCACAUCAGUUUGAAGGUGAAGAUAGUGAUGAGGAUCCGGACGAUGACGUCGAUGAGGUCGACGCCCUUCGAGCAGGGUCGUCACAGUCGCUGUCCGCCGAUAAUCGCCAUACACAGGCCCGAGAGUUGCAGGCUGUAGCGGAAUCAUCGCCAACUGUCCCCGCCCAGCGCAAAUCCGCCCUUCGCAAACGCGACAGCAUCUGGCCGCUCUUCAAUGCCGAAGCGCAGAGUCCGGCCUCCCGAGGUCUCCAAUCCAGGGCCAGCGAAGCUGAUGGCCGCAAAAAUAGCCGCGUCAGCUUGGCGCCCAUGUUCAAGCACGCCUCUGCCCAUGGCUCUGACCCACUGUCACUCGAGAGCUCGGACGAAGAGGCCGCAGCCACUGCAUCUUUGUCUUCGACUCGCAAGCCAGCCUCGGGACGCCCCAGCUUGCCAGCGAUCUUCUUCGAAAGCAAGGUGUCUGAUGAGGCCUUUGCAGAUGAUAGCUUCGAUGACGAUCGUGAUCUCGCCGACCAUGAGCAGCAGAGCAACACCUGGGACAACGGAGAUAGCAUCGGCAUUCUGUUCCCUAAACAAGCGGCCCAGCCUCGUCUGAGCCUUGCUGCAGCCGCGACAGCAUCGCCUGUGGCUCCAGCGCCGACUCUCUCCAAGGGCCGAGCAAAUGGCGAUGACGAGGCGUAUGAGUUUGAUGAAGAUCCCUCGAUGGAUUUGGUGGACGAGGACGAGGCUGCCUCUCGAAGCGGCUCACCUCGACCCCUCCAAUCUGCACAGGCGGCUCAGUCCCGCUCCAAACUCUCAAACGAGCUCACUGUUGGCGAUGCCGCUGACAACGACUCCGUUGCAGAGCCAACCGAGACAGAUGAGCAAGAUAUCGCGCAAGUCCAAGAUACGCACACGACAGCGGGAGACCAAGUAGCCCGGACUCGUGACACGGCGUUCGAGACUCUUUUCUCCCUCGAUUCGGCUGCAAAGACACCCAACAAAACACCAUCAAAGGCUCCCAUGACCCACCCAACAGCCUUGCUCUCCAGCCGAAAGUUCCGCAAGAGCCUUGGCAUCCCAAGCCCCACGCAGUCGCCCGCCAUUGCACAAAAGAUUGCCCUUCUGCAACAGCAAGCCCAAGCAUCGGCGUCCAAGCUGGCCUCUUGGACCCAAAUCUCGUCGUUCACGCCGACGGGUCUGAAAGAGUUCAAUCCCCAGUCACACUCGGACGAGCCCGCUUCGUCGCCCACUCCAAAGAAACCCUCUCUGGCUGCUUCCUCACCCGUGGUUCAAAGCGAUCUUCCCGAAGCCAAGUCCCAUUCCAGCUCGUCUGUCGCCACACCCAAAUCAACGCUGAUACAGCAGCGGUUGGUCAGCACCGAAAAAGAUAAUCCUUUCGUCGAUACAUCAUUUGCGUCGCCCAUAUCCAGCAGCACCGGUCCAAAUGCCCUGAUCGACUUUUGCGAAAGACUCCAAAGCGCAAAUGAUGACGACUACGACUUGAUGAACGAGCAGAUCCCAGAGUCGGCCGACCUCGACGACGACCCCCAUUUUGCGUCGGGCAUGGAUGACGAGGGUAACAUUGGCUUUGACCAGCUCCUGAAAGCCGCACAGGUUACGUUUUCGGACGAGACUGGGGCGAACUUGAGGUUCCAACGUGGGUCGUCACGAUACCAGAUCGCUCGGACCAAGCAACCAACAUCGCACGAUUACGCGCGUGGCUACUGCGUCACGCUGCCACUUAUGGAGGCAUUUUCGCGCAAGUGCAAUGAGGUGGUCGAUGAGAUCCAAAUGCGGGGCCAGGAUAUUGAAGAGCUGAAACAAAUCAUUGAAGAGACACGACCCAUCGUCGUUGAUGAGUACAGUCUUGGAGAUCCAAGCGAGCAAGAAACGAUCGCGUCGGGUCUGAGAUCACUCAGGGCCUGGUGCAGCUUGGAGGCCGAGCGAGAUUGGAUUCGUUCGCAAUGCCAGCUCUUUUCGGAUCUUCUCUCGGCUGACCAUCUCGAGGCCCUGGAGAUGGACAACCAAACUCUUGGCGAUGUUUCCAUCAGGGCCUCGAGCAACCUGCUUGACUUGCAGGAGUCUGUGGAUGAGCUCCGGCGCAAGGUUGAAACCGAGAAACAACGAAAGAAGCUGACGCAGGAGACCAACUUGGCUCAACAGCUUCAGCUGGAGGAGCGAGUAGCCAACAACAGAGCCGAAAUCGAGCGGCUCAAGGCCGAGCAGGCUGAGCUCCUUGCCGCAAUUGAACAUGGUCGUCAGCAGAGACAGUUCCUGCAGGAAGCCAAGGAGGACAACGAAAAGAGCAUCACCGAGGCUUCGGCUGCCAUCGAGGUCAUGCAGUCUGCCACACUGGCCGAUGACGAGUACAUCGCCGCCAGAGAGGACUUUAGAUUCUACCUCCAAAGCCAUAUGUGGGCCCCGAUUCAGAUCGAUGGAUGCGUAAAGCUGCUCUACGACGGCGGUGUCGCCGUUCGGAUCGACACAAACGCGGACAGCAUCAAGCCACGCCUUGAGCUCUGCUUUGAUCACGAACAGGUUGUCCAGCAGGAGUAUUUCAAGAUCCCGCAGGGGAACAUCGUCGAGGUCUUCAGUAAAAUUGGCACCAAGCGGAUCAGCCGCCUCUUCGCCGACUACAAGUUCCCCGAGUGGCUGACCAAGGGGCAGAUACCGAAGGUGCUCAAUGAGAUCGCGUACAACUGCACCAAGCUGCAGACACUCCAGCGCGAUGUCCAGCAGUGCGGCCAGUACUGCCAGAUCGAGUUCUUGGACGAGUUUGCCCGGAAUGCGUCGUCGAGGCUCAGGUGCAAAAUCAGCGUUGGCGCCACGUUCAUCAACCUCCACUCCAAGACAAAGUUCAGCAUUCAGGUCGGAUGCGACGAUGGCAACGGAACCAUUUUGUAUCCGCACUUGCCUCAAGAGCUCGUCAUGGUCACACCGGAUCGUGCCAGCAGUCCGGAUCUUUUGGCUGAGAUCAGCCAGAUCAUUGCAACGGAGCCCCGAGGCUUUGGUUGGCUUCCGCGCGUAUGCUCGCGGCUUGAGAUGAUGUGUCGACCCAACCUCAUGAUCGACUGCAGCUGAUACAUAUAAUACAGCUGGAGCACGGAUUGGAUUCUGGUCUGGACAGCGCCAGAGAAGAUCCUGCUCUCAAAGUACUCUGAAACCCCAGGCCUCGCCCCUCCCCAUGGUGUGGAUGAGUAUGAGCGGUGUAUUCAAGAUCCAUAACAAAAACGAUCAUUGACCUCAAGCAGAUGGAGAUGGGCCUCUUUUCUUGGAAGAGCCGUGGGACAACGAGACGGAUACAGAGACGGGCC